AGCAUCAUUUUGACAGUUCUUCUUUAUGGAGCGCAAUGCUGGAGAAUGACCAAAAAGGAUGCACACAAGCUGUCCACCUUCCACCACACAUGUCUACGUACAAUUAUCAAAAUUUUCUGGCCAGAUAAAAUCUCAAACACUAAACUACUUCAAGUCACAAACCAAAAAACUUUAGACAGUAUGAUAACCAAGAGAAGAUGGAAAGGGCUUGGCCAUGUAAUCAGAAUGAAUCCUGAUAUACCAGCCAAAACAGCUCUCACAUUGACACCAGAGGGAAAGAGAAAACAGGGGCGCCCAAAAACAACAUGGAGACGAACGAUGAAAAGUGACCUGAGUGCUGCAUCUUUGACAUGGAAGACUUCACUGAAGAUUGCACAGGACAGGAAAGCAUGGAAAGUCCUCUCUGAAGCCUCAUGUGCCACUAGGCAUAAUGAGAACUGA